AUGGAAGUUGGUGCUGUUAAACAGGCUUUUAAUAAUGAGGUUAUUCUAAUGAAGAAACAUUUAAAUCAAGCGAAAAUUCAAAUCAUACAUAAGCUUACUAGGAAGGCUAAAACAUUAACUGAAAAAAAAGCUCCAGAAAAAUUAAAAGAGAAGCUAAAAAAGAAAGCUGAAUCAGCUGUUAAAGAAGUUUUGAUUAUAAAGAAAAUCAAAGCAAAGGACCUUGCAAAAUUUAUAGUAACACAUGAUGGAGAGCUUAACAACUAUCUUAACACACCUGAUGUCAAUCAAGAUAAGGCAUGUGCCAGAUUAUUACUUCACAAAUGCUUACAAGAAAAAUACAGAUCCAUAAGAGAUAGAUUUGGUAAAUCUUCGAUAGAGGAUCUUCUGAUGUCUCGGUUAGAGAGACGAAAAUUAAGGAAGGAAGCUAGAGAGAAACAAAAAAAUAAAAGGAAAGGAAAGGAAGCAUUUAAUAAAGCGGUAAAUAUUGAAGGUACAUGGGAGGUUGAAAAAAUAGUUAAGGAUAAAAAUAUUGGUGUAUUAGAUGACAGUGAUGGCAAGGAUGACAAUGAUGAUAAAUGUCUUGGCAAUGAGUCAGUGCAGUCAGUUGACGAAGUUGAUAAAUCUCAAUUAGAUAAUGAGUCUGGUGAUGAAUCAGAACCUGAGAAUGAAGAAGAAGAAGAGGUAGAAGAUAACUUCUUGCAACACAAGGAAAUUGUCAAGGAUGACGAUAAAAGUGAUGACAGUGGUAAAAUAAGUCCAAAUAUUGAAAGAACUCUCACAAGUAAGAAGGUCCAAAUCCUAAACGGUAAAAAUAAUGCAAGAGAUUCAACUAAUUUACAAAAAGAUGUAAAUAAAAAGAAAAAAGAAGUUAACAAAAAUAAGAAUUUUAAUGACAAGAUUCUCAAGAGGAAAUUUAACAAAGAAAUACAGGAGCGAAAAGUACAAGAAGUAAAAGUUGUUGAUCCAUUCUUUAUAACUCCUACAGGUGAAAGCUAUCUAUCUGUAGUUGAACCAAGACAACCUGAUGAAGUUAAGGAGGUCCACAAACAAGGGAAUAGGCAAUACAGAAGAGCAGUUAUGUUUGGCCAUGUACCUAAACCUAAACCUAGAAGGAAUGAUUUUAAUUUGGAUAAUGGGGAAUACAAAAACAUAUCAAAUGCAAAUAAUAGAUUUAAUAAUAACUAUGGUAGUCAAAAACAAAAUAGACAGUAUAUGGACGAAAAUGUAAAACAAAAUGGAGAAAGUGAAAAAGUAGAAAAAUUACAUCCCUCGUGGGAGGCUAAAAAGCGCAAAUCCGGUCUUUUACCAUUCCAAGGUAAAAAAAUUGUUUUUGAUGAUGGUGAAUAA